AUGUUACCGUCACUAAGCAAAGUUUCGUCUCGAAAUAGAAGUCUCCACGGAACCAACCCGCAGUCGAGAGAUGCCGAAUCUUCGCUUGAGCUUGAAGCCAUUGCUGCUGUUCAUGAACUUUCUUUCGCAGUACAGUCGAUCUCGGUAUCAGAAAUGCUUCCAAGAACCUCCGAACUUAUUUUUGUAAACGUAACAACGCUUGAAGGCCAACCUUACUGCUUGGAAUUAACAAUGAAAGGAUGGCGUGUUGCCUCGUUACGUCAGGACUGUAUGCAUGGAGAUUUUACUAAACUUGAACUUUUCACUAAUUACUACGAUACGCUGUACGGGUUAAUGGAUUCAUUGUCACCGAGGUACAGAGACCGUUUUAACGAGAAAGUCGCUGAGAAGCUGGAAAUGUUGCAGGUGGUUAUUUUAUUCUCGCCAUCAAAAGCUCCAUUCUCUUUCUUGGACCAGGAAUCACCAGUAGCCUUGCGACUAGAGGUGCCGUGA